GUGUCUGUGUGUGUGUGUGUGUGUGUGUGUGUUUCCGGUAUGGCGGCGGAGUUUAUAGUUAAACUGUAUGAAUAUUCUCCUUUAUUCUACAUCAGUGUGGUAGCGGUGUGUUUCAUCCUCACUGUAGCAGCAGUGCUGGGCUGGUUCGGCUUUGAUGUACCAGUAAUUGUGAGAAGUUCAGAUGAAGGUGAUUAUGUUCCUCCAGCUCCAGAAAAGAAGAUGGUUCAGGUUCUCAAUCCGUUCUGUCUGGAGAUCCACAAAAACACCUCACUAACGUGGUGUGUGUCUGCAGCCAUGUUGUUUAGAGGACUGUGUGUUGAGUUGUUAUUGGGGCUGCAGUGUUCAGGUUCUCCAGUUCGCCCUGCAGGAACAUCGCUACACACGACGACUGAACUCUGCACACUUAUUCCAACAGGCCUUACAGGGGCAAUACCUGCACUGCCACACCUUCACGUAUCCUUACAGGGGCAAUACCUGCACUGCCACACCUUCACUAUAAGUAAAGGUCAGAGGUCAGAGUGCUUCACGCAGAUGCCUCCUGAUCUUGGAGUGAGAGAUUUCGGGUUCCUUCCAAGAGAUCGAUAUCCGCUAGUCGCUGUUCUCACCUUAGCUAAAGCUGAGGAGAGAGAUACCUACAACAUUGUGGUGAGUGUUACAGUUCUUCAUGUUCCUGAUGAGAAGUACCGUCUCUCUGCGAGGAUCCUGUUCCAUGUCCUGCUCACUGCUGAUGGAAACAUGUUCGACCUGAAGCCGCUCUUCAUGUCCACGGAUGGUGUGAGCUCCAGCUCUACUGAGGAAGAGGCACAGCCACGGGAAGCAGAAGUGGAGGAUGAAGAGGCGGAGUCAGAUGAAGAGGGGGUGUGGUCAGGAGCUUUAGGGCGGGACUGUGUUGUGUGUCAGAAUGCAGCGGUGAACCGUGUGUUAUUACCGUGUCGUCACGCGUGUGUGUGUGAUGAGUGUGUGUGGAGGUUUCAGCACUGCCCCAUGUGCCGAGCCUUUGUCUGUGAGUCCUUCACCCUGUCUCCGCCCACAGCCACGCCCCCUGGUCCUGAGGGGUGGAGCUUAUAACCAACCCCCCCACCACACACACAGUUACAGUUUUAUUUUUAUUUAUUUAAAAUUUCUUUCUGAACCUUUUAAUUUGACUCUCGUCUGAAUCUGAUGUCACUCCUGUAGCUUCUGCAUGUGUCCGUGUCCCACACUGACCUCAGGGGAACAUCUCCAGGGUCCUCAGGAGAAAUGCUGUUCCUGAAACAGCGCAGCUUCCUCCACAGUUUACAUUUCACAAUUCCAGACUUCCUGAAAGAUUUAUAAGACCAUAUAUAAGACUAAAGAAGUAUCUGAUUAUGGAGGAUAAAUCUUCUCAUUUGCUACGGGAUCAAAAACUUCACCACUCCAUCAAAUACCAAUAAAUCUAUAACGUUUA